AUGUCACGUUACGCCCUGGUGACUGGUUCUACGUCUGGUAUUGGACUGGCUGUCGCUCGCUCCCUUGCCAAAAACGGAUGUGCCAUACUUUAUAAUGGAUUUGCUGAGGAACACCACAUCGCCAAACUAAAACAAGAGUUUGAAAAUGAAUACGACGUGAGGGCGCACUACCUUGGCGCAGACCUUACAAACGAGGAUGACGUACUAAAUAUGUGUGAAGAUAUUAAGAAAGUCACGAAAUCGGGAGUGGACAUACUUGUCAACAACGCCGGUUUCCAGUACGUCUCUUCCGUUCAAGAUUUCUCCCUCGAUAAAUGGAAUGACAUGAUUCAUAUUAUGCUGACGACGCCGUUUAUUUUGACUAAACACCUCCUACCAGGGAUGCUUCAAAAGGGGUGGGGCAGAGUAAUAAAUAUAUCAUCGAUUCAUGGCCUAGUCGCGUCUAAAGAAAAAUCAGCUUAUGUCUCGGCUAAACACGGUGUGUUGGGAUUUACAAAGGUGGUGGCGUUAGAAACCGCUGGUACUGGGGUCACGUGCAACGCGAUCUGUCCAGGAUGGGUGGCAACAGAAUUAUUUUGGAAACAGGUGAAAUCAAUAGCAAAAAAUACUGGCGUGUCUGAAGAGGAAGCAAAGCGAAAGCUUGUUGGUGAAAAACAGCCAUCUGGACAAACUGUCGAAGAAAAACAUAUUGGCGAUUUUGUAAAUUUCCUUUGCUCUGAAGCCGCCAAUCAGAUGACUGGUUCCACAGUGACGAUGGAUGGCGGAUGGACAGCGCAAUAG